AACAAUAUGGCGGCAAGCGGGGGCCAAUUGCAACUUUUUUGUGGCGUUUCUGUUGCCCUUUUAUUCUUUUUCCUUCUUCAUUGUGAUUUUAUCUGCACUUCAAAACCAACGAUUGCUAUAAAACAAUCCAUGCCUCUUACAUCAGAUUGUACUGAUAACAAUGGUGCAGUUGUUGGUCAUGAAGCAACAUGGCCUACCUCAACUGGUUCCUGUGAUAAGAAUAAAUGUUGGCAUGGAACACUGAAGAAAUUUGUUAUAAAAUACAGUUGCCCCUCCCUGAAGACCGGAGAAAAUCCAGAUAGUGACAAUUGUUUUGAAACAUCCAAUUCAGCUUUAAGUUUCCCAGACUGCUGUCCAACACUUAGUUGUAAUUCCUCUGUACCAUUGACAACUCUGGCUCCAACAGCUUGUUAUGAUCUGAGCUCAGAUUUUGCCUGCAGUGUGUGGUCAAACAUGACCAGUGGGUGUCGCAAUGGAACCGAUGGUUAUGGAGACCGGAUAUACAACUACACAACCAUCUUCUGUAGGAAAACCUGCGGAUUUUGUUAGAUAGUUGAACCCAUCAAGUGAAGAUUAUGCAUUCCGUCCAGGAGAAUUUGCAAUCAGAACAUUUUUGUUUUAUCUAUGUGCAUAUAGUACCUCUCUUUUUUAACAUAUUCUCCUCAAAAGAUUUUUUUUGUAAUUGAUUGUACUAUUGUAUUUCAAUAUUUGUAAUUCCACUUGGAGCUUCUCUAUGUUAGAGUAUCAACAUUUGAAAUGUUUUGCUUACACAUACCAAAGUAUUUUCAAAGCAUAUAUUUUAUAUUUAUAUACCAUUAACAGUAAAUGUUUAUGUCAAUGAAUGUACAAUUUUUUUAUCCUUUAGUAACGUGAUUGUUUAUUAGAAAAGCAUUGAGUUUUUUGUGUGUGUGUGUGAAAGUUGUUAUCUGUAUUCAAAGGACAAGGUACGUUAGCGGUCAAAUUUGGCCCCUUUUUUGAUAUAAAAAUCAAAACACAGUUGAGAUUGUGAUAGUUUACAGUUCAGAACUCUAAAUGACAAAAUAAUCCCAAAGAAGGACAUUUUACUGAAUAUCCUCAAUUCUGAUUGAAUUUUGUUAAAUUUUAGAUACUUUUCACUUUGUGAAACAUAGAGCAAAAACUUGCCUAUCUGUGAUUUUUAUACAGAAGAUGCAUCUGAUACUAGUAUAUGAAAUAUAUAAAUAUGGUAGAUAGGCAAGCAUGUGCUCUAUGUUUUCUGACAAAAAGUGUUCUUUAAAAUUGAAAAAUUUGUAUAAAAAUGAGAAAAUUCCAAAAUUGACAUAUUUUGUGACCAUUGUGCAUCCCAUAAACUAGAAUUAAUGUUCAUUUUGUAACAGGGAUGACAACAGGUACAUGUAUUUUGAUUAUGAACUAUUGCAUCAUUCUUAGAGACACUCCAAACCUGGGGCCAAGAAGGGGUCUUAGCCUAUCUUGUCCUUCAAAUUAUUUAUAAUACUUAUUUUAUUUCAGUCUGUGAUUUUACUUAUUAUUUUUACUGUAUACAGGGAAAUUUUGUCCCUCUUUUAUUUUCGCCCUUGUCACAAGUAGGAUAAUUUGAAAUGGGGCAAAGUUGUUUCCAAGUGUGACAGGGCAGAAAUUACAUGGGGCAAAAACCACCCUGUAUACAGUAUUGCUUAAUAUUGUUUUGAUAUUACUGUUUUGGGGCAGGUCCCACUUUUCAGAUCAGGAUUUUUUUUUUUGUUGCAAAGAAAUAAAAGUAUAAAUUAUCUAAAUACAGAA